ACCAAAAGUUGAAGUGAAAGUGUGAAACCCGCCCCUUCUUCUUCCAUAUAAUUUCGUCUCUCACGCAGACCCCGUUUCGCCUUUUCUGUGUAUAAAUACAACCUCAACUGCAAUCUGUGCAUCUUCUCAGCAAACCCAGAAAAGCAGAGACACGUUCAGCAUUUCGAUUCCAUUCUCGUUCGUUUUCUACUUUUUCUUGUGAUAUUUCCGAGAAAGUGAGAGACAGAGUGAGAUAGUGAAGCGAGUGAACAACGUUGGGGUCUGUCUCUAGACAUUGCUGUAUGUCAGUAGAGUAUUACAGUGACAAUUACUACGGUGGAUACGGUGAGCUCGCCAACCCUUUACAAUGGCCACAACUCAGGAAAAAACGACGCCUUGUUGUGUUCACAACGAUACCGCCAAGUCUUUACCACCUCAAGCUCCUCCUGCUCUGCUUCGAAAGCCCUCGGACGAUUGGGCCGUCGCGGCGCCCGACCCAUCAGUGGAUCCGAGCCGCAAGAGGUCGGCCGUGGCAACCAUGAUCCAUUCCUUUGAGACCGUCACUGACUCCCCCACGACAAACGCUGCUUCCACCAAAGGAAUUCCAAUCAUGGUGAGGGCUCAAACCAGUCACCCUUUGGACCCUUUAUCUACUGCCGAAAUAUCUGUGGCAGUGGCAACUGUUAGGGCAGCUGGAGAAACGCCUGAGGUUAGGGAUGGCAUGCGCUUUUUUGAAGUAGCUUUGGUGGAACCAGAUAAAAAUGUUGUUGCCUUGGCAGAUGCAUAUUUCUUUCCUCCUUUCCAGCCAUCAUUACUUCCCAAAACAAAAGGUGGGCCUGUAAUUCCUAGUAAGCUUCCCCCAAGGCGAGCCAGGCUAGUUGUGUAUAACAAAAAGUCGAACGAGACAAGCAUAUGGAUUGUUCAACUGUCUGAAGUCCAUGCAGCAACUCGAGGUGGUCAUCAUAGGGGAAAAGUUAUUUGGUCCAAAGUUGUUCCGGAUGUUCAGCCUCCCAUGGAUGCUGUUGAAUAUGCUGAAUGUGAAGCUGUUGUGAAGGAUUUUCCAUUAUUUAGGGAGGCGAUGAAGAGAAGGGGUAUUGAGGAUAUGGAUCUUGUAAUGGUUGAUACAUGGUGUGCUGGAUAUCACAGUGAUGCUGAUGCUCCUAGUCGCAGGCUUGCUAAACCGCUUAUCUUCUGUAGAACUGAGAGUGACUGUCCCAUGGAAAAUGGUUAUGCUCGGCCGGUUGAAGGAAUCCAUGUACUUGUUGAUAUGCAAAACAUGGUGGUUAUUGAGUUUGAAGACCGUAAACUUGUUCCCUUGCCACCUGCUGACCCAUUGAGAAACUACACUCCUGGAGAAACACGAGGAGGUGUUGAUCGGAGUGAUGUUAAACCUUUACAAAUCAUUCAGCCUGAGGGUCCAAGUUUUCGUGUUAAUGGGCACUUUGUUCAAUGGCAGAAGUGGAAUUUUCGUAUUGGUUUCACUCCCAGGGAGGGUUUGGUAAUUUACUCUGUUGCAUAUAUUGAUGGUAGUAGAGGUCGACGACCUGUGGCCCACAGGUUAAGUUUUGUUGAGAUGGUGGUUCCUUAUGGAGAUCCGAAUGAACCACAUUACAGGAAGAAUGCAUUUGAUGCUGGGGAAGAUGGGCUUGGAAAAAAUGCGCAUUCACUUAAGAAGGGUUGUGAUUGUUUAGGGUAUAUCAAGUACUUUGAUGCACACCUUACAAAUUUCAAUGGUGGUGUUGAAACAAUUGAGAACUGUGUUUGCUUGCACGAAGAGGAUCAUGGGAUUUUGUGGAAACAUCAAGAUUGGAGAUCAGGUUUGGCUGAAGUUCGGCGGUCUAGAAGGCUGACUGUUUCUUUUAUAUGUACCGUGGCUAACUAUGAGUAUGGAUUCUUCUGGCAUUUUUAUCAAGAUGGAAAGAUUGAAGCUGAGGUUAAACUCACAGGAGUUCUUAGCUUAGGAGCACUGCAACCAGGGGAAACUCGAAAAUAUGGUACCACUAUUGCUCCUGGCUUAUAUGCUCCCGUCCAUCAACACUUUUUUGUAGCUCGUAUGGACAUGGCAGUGGAUUGCAAGCCUGGUGAAGGGUUUAAUCAGGUUGUUGAGGUGAAUGUUAAAAUCCAAGAGCCAGGAAAAAAUAACGUUCAUAAUAAUGCGUUCUAUGCUGAAGAAGAAUUGCUGAGAUCUGAACUACAAGCAAUGCGAGAUUGUAAUACUUUAUCUGCUCGCCACUGGAUUGUCAGGAACACAAGAAAUGUUAACCGGACUGGACAGCUGACAGGGUACAAACUUGUACCUGGUUCGAACUGUUUACCAUUAGCUGGCUCUGAGGCAAAAUUUCUUAGGAGAGCCGCAUUCCUGAAGCAUAAUCUUUGGGUGACUCCUUAUGCACGUGAGGAAAUGUAUCCUGGAGGAGAGUUUCCCAAUCAAAAUCCACGUGUUGGGGAAGGACUGGCUACUUGGGUUAAGCAAAAUCGAUCACUGGAAGAAGCUGAUAUAGUUCUUUGGUAUGUAUUUGGAAUCACACACAUUCCUCGGUUGGAAGACUGGCCUGUUAUGCCAGUGGAACGCAUUGGUUUUAUGCUUAUGCCGCAUGGGUUCUUUAACUGCUCGCCAGCAGUGGAUGUCCCUCCGAGUGCUGGUGAUGUGGAAGUCAAGGACAAUGGGAUAGCAGUAAAGCCUAUCCAGAAUGGACUGAUAGCUAAGCUUUGAAAGGAAUGUUCAAGCAGGAUUUUGGUGCUGUUAUCUAUUAAAAAUAAGGUUAAUUUGCUUUCUAAUAAUGUGUAUUUGGACCCUGUUUUUCAAAUAAUAUAGGUCACAUGGAGGCAUGUCUGGCCUUUGUUAUGGAUGGUAUCCAUAGUGAUGACAUUUUUAAGGGACGUGUUGUAUUUUACUCACUCAAAAACAAGGGGCAAUACUUCGAAAUAAUCUGAUCUCUAGGUGUUUGUGUGUA